CGCCAGUGUUCUCUCCUCUCUCUCUGUCGUGUUGCUGUGUGUCGAAUCAGACGGAUGUGCGCAUAGAACGUGACAUUCACGCAAGUCUUUUCAAGUAUCCAAGAACUAGUUCUCCCAAUAGGUAUUUCACGGUCAGCUGUGAUCGACAGUCUCGCAAAAUAAACGACAACAUUGUGUUGCCCCUUUUAUUACUGAAGAGAGUAAUCUCACCUUUGAAUUUUUCAACCUUCCAACGUUUCCACCCGCUCAGUCUUAAUGUGUCAAUGGCCUUAAUUAUCCAUAACAAACUAGCAUUCAACGAAAUGGCGGAACCAUUUUUUGACUAUCAAUUUCGAUUGAUUCUAAUUGGCGACAGUACAGUGGGAAAAAGUUCUUUGCUCAAGUAUUUGACGGAUGGAAAAUUCGCUGAGUUAUCGGAUCCCACGGUUGGUGUGGAUUUCUUCGCGAAGCUAUUAGAUUUGGACGAUGGAACAAGAAUCAAGUUGCAGUUGUGGGAUACGGCUGGACAGGAGAGAUUUAGGUCAAUCACAAAAUCGUACUACAGAAAUUCAGUGGGGGCUCUCCUUGUGUUCGAUGUGUGUAAUCGAAGGAGUUUUGAACACAUUCCCCAGUGGAUGAUGGAAGCACGUCGAUACAUAGAGCCUCAUCGGCCAGUGUUCGCUCUCGUCGGGUGCAAACUCGAUGUGAUAGCUCAAGGUAGAAGAAGACAAGUAUCCGAAGAGGAAGCACGUUCAUUUGCCGAUCAAAACGGCAUGGAGUACAUUGAAACCAGCGCAAAAACUGGAAUGCGGGUCACCAUGGCUUUUCGCACUGUAUCGCAGGAAGUUUAUAAUAGAAUUCAGACUGGCGAGUACAAGGUGGAAGACGGCUGGGACGGCGUUAAGCCUGGAUUUAUACGUCCUGGUGGAUUCGAUUUUAAUCUAGUCGAAGCGGAACCCGCCAAAUCCUCGUGUUGCUGAGACAAUUUUCAUUCUUCCCAGUCUCUUCAACGAACAUUGGCACAGGAAAUUAUCAAGAUUUGCAUUAGGAAAUUUGAUUUGUCUUAGAUUCAGUCAUCUCACCAUCUUUACGUUUCUCCACAAUUUUCACCCUUCAUCUCAUCUUUUUUUAGAUUUCAAAAGGUACUAGUCUUCAGGUGAAGUAAUAAAUCAGGAUGAGUUAAAAUUAAAUUUGAUCAUUUUGUUCAAUAAUAAAAUGAUUUAAUGGUUCCGUUUGGUUUCCAUAGUGUGAGUAUGAAUUUGUGUUCACUUUUGAUGCUAAAUUAUUUUUUCAGUUUCAAAACAACUUCUCAAUAUCGCCAUUUUAAUUAAUUAAUAUUGAAAAAUAAUGAAUUACAGGAAAUCAAAAAUAAUUAAAACAUAAUCACCUUCAACUAGUCAUUUCAAUACAAAUUUUAAUUGACAUUUCAACAUUUCUUAUUACUCUUUUUGAAUAAUAAAUCGGUUACUGCAAUGCAAUGAUCGAUCUCAAAGUGUGUGCACUGAUGGUGACUAAUUUUUGUAUAUAGACUGUAAAUUAAAUAAACUAGUUGAGCCAUUCAACUGGACAUAUGACUAGCUGACCUGGAAAAUAUGGUUUUAUGAUGUGAAUUCUUUAGUUUCUCUUUUGGGAAUAAAUUUAUCAUGAGAAUAUUAAAAACAUCAUAACUAGAUGCAUUAGUUGUGCCUUCAAUAGUGAAGUGUAAUGAAAAAAAUAUUUGUUAAAAAAA